AUGAUCAUAUUCGAUGGAGAGAAGUACUCGUGCGCAGCGUGCAUCCGGGGUCAUCGGUCGACCACGUGCAAGCACAGCGACCGGAUGCUGGUGAAGGUGCGCACGAGGGGCCGGCCGUCGCCGAUGGACAUCCGCAAGGUGAUCCUGGUGGACGCCGGGUCGCAGGUGCCGAUGGAGGACGAGGACACAGAGGAGUGCUGCGAUGGGGGAAAGACUUGCGGGAAGAUGGACCGGCAGCCGAUCCUGUUCCUGAAGGCGCUCAAGACGCAGAAGGCGCUGUUGGUGGACGGGGCGCUGAAGAUCAUGAUCGAGGACCGGGCCAACAGCGACGGGGUGGACAAGCGGUUCAAGUUCGUGACAGAAAAGGAGUUUCUGCUCCAGAACGCGGACAUGCUGGAGGCGCGCGACGGGUGCGGCUGCCAGCGGCCCGGGAAGCGGGCGCGCGUGGGGUGCAGCACUGGGGCAGGCUCGCCACACGCCGUGGAGCCAUAUACGUACAAGGGCGUGUAUCUGAGCACGCAGUGCUCCUGCGACGACAGCGCCUGCCAGUGCGCGAACUGCCUGAUACACCGGAAGGAGGAGGAGCUGGACCAGUUCAUCCGACAGUCGGGGGUGCCGCUGACGUCGGUGGAUCUGGAGGAUCGGAAGCCGGCCGAGGCUGGCGCUUGCUGCGGCGACAGGGCGUCCGGGCUGCUGGGCUAUGACUACGCAGCGAAUGAGCGCACGAGCUGCGCGUGCAGCCCCGUGAGCUGCAUGUGCAAGGACUGCGAGAUCCACGCGGAGGAGGUCGUGUCGAUGAACAGGCUGCUGCUCCACGGCAUCCUAAACACGCCGCUGAAGCGCAAAAUGUCGAUUCAGUACAAGGGCAAGCUCAUCAACUCCAAGUUUUGGUGGGACAUCCUGUACCUGCAGUGCGCUGUGGCGCGAGAGCCGCAGCUCGAGGCGCUGGACCUGCUGCAGUGGUUCGACAACAUCAUCGAGACACACGGCGCCGCGCUGCCUGACGCGGAGCCGGCGGCCACGGGGUUGGACUAUAUGCUGGGGAAGCUCAGCUAG